AUGGCCUCGUUUCUGUACGAAUGCCUCUGUGAGGCGGAACUUCAAAAAUAUUUCCCGCGUUUUACCGCCCUCGGCUUCCAGAAGAUCGAUGAGCUUGCCAAGGUCUCCAUGAAGGAUUACAGCAAACUGGGAGUUCAUAACAUGAAGGACCGCAAGCGUCUCUUCCAGCUCAUUCGAAUCAUCAAGAUGCUCCAGGCCGAAGAGGAAGCGGUCAGGAAGAAACAGGAAGAUUUCCAGAAAAGCGCCCGACGCCUGCGGCCCCAGCUCACUCGCUCCGGCCCACGGAGACAACUCCAUUUCGAUUCCGAGGGAAAAGGUGAUCGCAAAGAGUUUGAAUCUGGGUCGUCGUGCGUCUUAGCUCACAGCUCUUCGAACGAGGGUAAAGAGGAGGCCGCUGCGGCGUUCGACCAGGAUUCGAUCCACAAAAGACCCAGGAAGGACUCCUUAAAAGCAUCGGCAAGCUGGCCAGAGGACCAGCUGGUAGCUCCAUCUCCAAGUUCAUCGCAUGAUGUUUUAGGAGACACGGACAUUUCCUUUGUACAGAGAGUAGCUCAUAUCUCGGGCUACAAUUACGGAGUGCCUCAUUCUUACACCAGAGCGACUGCGGGUGAGAAAGAGACCCCGUGGAUCGAAACGGACAAGAUCCGUGUGUGUGUGCGCAAAAGGCCCCUCGGUUUGCGAGAAGAGAGGCGUGGAGAAGUGAACAUCCUCACGGUGGAAGACAAGGAAACGCUCCUGCUCCAUGAGAAGAAAGAAGCCGUUGACCUCACACAGUACAUCUUGCAGCACGUGUUUUAUUUCGACGAAGUCUUUGGGGAGUCAUGCUCCAAUCAAGACGUGUACAUGAAGACGGCCCAUCCUCUUAUUCAACAUGUAUUUAGUGGGGGCAAUGCCACCUGCUUUGCGUACGGACAGACAGGGGCAGGGAAGACUUACACCAUGUUUGGCACUCUUAAAACCCCCGGCCUCUACGCCUUGGCUGCUAAAGAGAUCUUCAAGCAAUUGGAAACGCCUCCGGCUAGGAAAGAUCUCCAUGUCUGGAUCAGCUUUUAUGAGAUCUACUGCGGGCAACUUUAUGAUCUGCUCAAUGGAAGGAAAAGGCUUUUUGCAAGGGAAGAUAGUAAGCAUGUGGUACAAAUAGUUGGGCUGCGCGAGGUGCAUGUGAACACCGUCAACUUGCUCCUGGAGGUGAUUCUGAAAGGAGGGAAGGAGCGCAGCACAGGAGCGACUGGAGUCAACUCGGAUUCUUCCCGGUCCCAUGCCAUUAUCCAGAUCCAGAUGAAGGACCCUGCAAACAGGGUCUUUGGGAGGAUCUCAUUUAUUGACCUGGCUGGCAGCGAGAGAGCGGCUGAUGCCAAAGACUCCGACCGGCAGACAAAAAUGGAAGGAGCAGAAAUCAACCAGAGUCUCCUAGCACUGAAAGAAUGCAUCCGUGCGCUUGAUCAGGAGCACGCUCACACCCCCUUCAGACAAAGCAAACUGACCCAGGUCCUGAAGGACUCCUUUGUGGGCAACUCUAAGACGUGCAUGAUUGCCAAUGUGUCACCCAGCCACGUGGCCACAGAGCACACCUUAAACACCUUGCGCUAUGCAGACAGGGUAAAAGAGCUGAAGAGAGGGAUGAAAUCUUGCACCCCUCUGGCCAGCAGACCCCGGUCAACGGGACAUACGUCUCCCAAGCGUAUCCAGAAUCCUCCUUACAUCCAAGGGGGAGGGAAGAGCUCUCCCAAAAAAGUCAAGCUCGGGCUGCAUCACCCUCUGAUGCCCACCCCUUUGUCCAAGGCGAAGGCCUCUUGGCUCUUUCAACCAGCUGCCCUUCCUUUCUCCUCCACGCCAAAAGGACAGGGGCGCAAGGAACCAUUGGGAGCUCCAUGGGCCGGUUGCCCCGGUGCAGAAAGAGGGAUGCCGAAGGCAGAGUCGUCAUCCAAGAAGCCGGUGGAGGAACCUGCGGGAACCUCGGAGAAAAGCCACCCCCGGAAGGACUCGGGGGCCAGGAGAGAAGGUGGCCAGGAGGACAGGCAGUGGGUCAAGUGUCCGAAGGUCGAACCGGUGCGAAAGCAACUGGUCUCCAGGGCUGAUUUUUCCCAUCCCGGCUCAGACGGCCUGUCGGAUUCCGAAGAAGACCCCGGGAGACUCUUUGCGGAUCAGUGCGUGGCCGCCUGGGCGGGGGCUUCGUCCCGCCAGAAAGACCGAGAGCAGCACCUGCGGCUUUACCACCAGCAGUUCCAGCAGCCUCCUCUCCUCCAGCAGAAACUGGACUACCAGCCCUUGGAAAGGUUUUUAGCUCGGUACAAAUCCCAGGAGGUCCACGUGAGGCCAGAGGCCCCCUGCCCUGACUCCACCUCCCCUCAAGGCCGGGAUGAAACCAUGCAGCUGGAGGAACUCGACGACAGCGACUUCAGCGAGGACUCGUUCUCUCCCGGGCCCGGUCGGAAGAAGCCGGAGAGGGAAGCCGGAACGCAAAGCCACCAGAAUUCCUUUUUCCUCCAUCUGAGAGAUUUCGAGGCUCGAGAACCACGGGACGGAGAAGGCGAGCAGGAGAUGUUUUGCAAAUGGUACGCAUUUGAGAAGGAAGGGAGAGCUUUGACGAGUGAGGAGGGGUCCAGCAGCUACGAGGAAGGCAGUAGAAGUUUAUGCGAUUGGAGCUCGGGAGAAACGGUGGGUUUUUCCCCCCACGGGGGCAUCCCAGAGAAACCUUAUUGCUCGAAGGAAGACGAGAAGAUAAAUCCUCAAGCGUUUCCCGUUGCGCAGAAGCCGCCCAGAUCCUCGGAUCCACCUCACGGUGGCCCCGAUGGACACUUCUCCCCGCCAAGGAAGAGAGCACCAAGUCCUGGUCUCACUGCCCUCUUGCUGGAGCCUCCACGUCCAGAAAAAAUGGGCCUCCCCAAAGCUACAGACUUCCGUGGCGCUUUACACUUCCCCUUGGACCUGGCUGAUGACUCGGCGGCUCCUUUGUCCGUAUCCUUCCUUAACUCGGGAUCAGCAGACAGUCAAGGAAAGAAGAGGAACGAUGGAGAAGGCGACGUCCUCGGACCCAGCAGGCCCUGGGAGGAAGUCGCCAGGCACGUCCACGAAGGCAGGCCAGCCUCUGCUUCCAGCAUCUACGAAAUAAAUCACUGGGGGAGAAAAACGGAGCUGGAUCUUUCUCCGGGGGCCGAAUUCCAGUGGCUCCCUCAGUCUUGUGGCUGUCGAGGGGAUGCGGACCUCUUGGAAGCCACAUCGGCGUUUGGCGAAUGUCUUUGUGGCUACGCUAGCGAAGAUCCUCCGGUUGAAUUCCUUCCUCGGCAGACGGAGGAAAGGGCCUCGCUUCGCGGAGACCUGCAAACAAGCGAAUACUCCACCAUCUAUGACUCCAAUCCUGAAGUGGCGAAGAUUGCCGUUUCAUGGAGCUACUCAGAUCAUCUGGGUCUGAGGGGGAAAGAGACCCCCGUGCUCUUGGCCCCGUCCAGCCCCCCGGUUGAUAAGGGUGGAGAAACAUCCGCUCCAAAUGCUUUAUCCAGUUCUGAUAAGGCAGGAAACAAACAGCUCUCGGAACGAAGCCCCCCAUCCCAGUCGGAUUUCUCCCACGGGACGGAGCAGCUGCGGCAUUCGAAGGAAGCCUGCAGGGAGGAAGAAACUCAGAAUAUGCCCAAUUGUGAAGAGACAGAGCAGGAUUCGGGGGCUGAACCGAAGGGGCCGGUGGCUGAGACUGCAAAGAACUCGUGGAAGGCUUGUGGGCCGGUGGAUUUGACUGAAGGUGCCCUGAAGGAGAAGGACGUGCUGGGAAGCAGGCAGCUGGCUCUUCGGACCCAUCAGGAGCAGCUGGACGAAAUGGCCGCCCUGUCUUCUCGGGAGGAAAGCUUGAUGGGCAGGAUGAUGUCAGACUCGGAAUUUGAGGAUUGUCUGAUGAAACUGGACGAAAUCCUGAGCCUGAAAGCCGAAUGCAUCCGCCGGGCGAGAAACCGGUUGCAGCUCUGCUUUGCCGCUCCCUCGAGUGGCACCACGCUGCUACCGGUUUCCUCCACCUAGUAAGGAAGCGCGAGAGCCAGACCGGCUACGGACAGCAUCUCAAAAGUACCAAAGAGAUCUGAUUGUCCUGCUUAGCGCGUUUUCGGAAGAAACCUACAUGUCGGUUAAGAAGGAAACUUGACUGAUGCCCAAGACGGUUCCUCUCCCUCCCAGGCUCUACAAACUCCCUUCAGGCUGGAUCUCCCAGGAUCUGCUGAAAGACGGGAGGGGAGGAGAAAUCACCUGAUCCCAAAGUCACCCAGCUUUUCUCACCUGGCUGUCGUCGUGUGGGUCUUAGGAGCGUCUGAGCUGUGAGCAACCGCCAGUGUUGGACAAAGGCAGCUGCCUGGUCUCUCUCUCCACUUCCCCGCGUAACAAAAAUCUACAUUAAUACUUCAGCUGCCCCGUUAGCUGCCGUCAGUCCACUGAGACCACCCACCACGAAAAUAAAAACCCAAUCUUUUGAAAUUUGAGAGACAAAGGGAUGACUUGAAAGCCUGCAGGUGGAAUAAACGCAACCUUUCUACCUGAAAUCUUCACUUUGGCUCCGCUACAUAUUAGCGCUGGUACGAAUUUCCGCUGGACAAACCUCCGGAUUUCCUACCGACAAGUUCUACGGUUGUUAGAACAGCAACUACACAAGGUGGUUAGGAAUCUGGCAGGGAGCUGUGCAGUUACUAGGAGGUUCUCCUGACAUGUAAGAGUCAAGUUUUCAGGCCCUGCUCUGCCGUUUCAAAGACCCGCAAUAAAGAAUAUUAAAAGAAAUUGUAACUCUCGAGCAGAGGGCAUGGAGCCGGUAUCUCCCAACCUGGUGGGCCUUGAGCAUCAGAAUCUUGCGAGAUACACCAUUGGUGCUUUGAUUCUUUCCUUGUCGGUCCCCCAAGUGGAAUGAUUUAGGGCACAGAGAGCGAACCUUUUCGGCACUGAGUGCCCACACUGGAAAGCACACACGUGUGUGUGCGCGCCAGAGCAACCAGA